UUGAUGGUGGCGGAGUUGCGAUGGCUGCUGCGAUGUUUACGUGCUGCUUCGGCUGCUGCGGCGAGGGCGGAUCGGGGCACAUUCCCCUCAAAGAGAUGCCCACGGUGCAGCUGGACACGCACCACAUGGGUACAGACGUGGUGAUCGUGAAAAGCGGCCGGAGGAUAUGCGGCACCGGAGGCUGCCUGGCCAACGCUCCGCUGCACCAGAACAAAAGUUACUUUGAGUUUAAGAUCCAGUCCACUGGCGUGUGGGGAGUCGGAGUGGCCACCCAGAAGGUGAAUCUCAACCAAGUGCCUUUCGGCAGAGACACAAACAGCCUGGUCCUGAGGCACGACGGGUCGGUUUACCACAACAACGAGGAGAAGAACCGGCUACCGGCCAACAGCCUUCCCCAGGAGGGAGACAUCGUAGGCAUCACCUACGACCACGUGGAGCUGAACUUGUACCUGAACGGGAAGAACAUGCACUGUCCCGCCUCCGGGAUCCGCGGCACCGUGUUCCCCGUCGUUUAUGUGGACGACAGCGCCAUCCUGGACUGCCAGUUUAGUGACUUCUACCACACGGCUCCACAGGGGUUUGAGAAGAUCCUGUUUGAGCAGCAGAUCUUCUAGACCAGCACUUAGGCCUCUCUCGGUGUCGCCGUCCUCCUCCUCCGAGUCCCACCACCACCUCUGCGGCGCCGCCGUUUCACCUUGACCGGAUAUUCUAUGUGGCUUGAGUGCGUCUCGUUUUCCUCCCCCCCCGACUUCGCCCUGCGUCUUUUCCGCUGCUCCGGAUCACUGUCGGACCAUCCUGGAGGAGGCCGGAGCGCCUGAUCGUUGUAGACGGUUGUUCACGCCUGCGGGGAGAGAAACGUGUGAGAUAAUUUGCCUUGUGUCCCUGUGAUCACACUUUCAGCUGCUGCCUGGGUCCACAGGUGUGUCCACAUACUGUUUUCAGGAACAGCAGCUCUGUUUUGUUGAUUUAUUCUUAUCAUUUUCAUCCUUAAUGCAACAACUUCUGUAUUUAUUUGUAUUUAUUUAAUUUCCAGAUUCAUGUCUUUUUCUUUAAGACUUUUAGCACUUGACCUUUUUCCUUUAUACUGACAGUUUAAUUUACUCGCGCCGGGCAGCAGGAAAACAUUCCAGGGGACGUCCGGCGUCCGAGGAGGUCGGAGGGGUCCGACGGCGCCGGGAAACGUUUAACGGAGGCCAAACACUUUUCUUAAACGGUUGACACUAAGAUUACUUCUCGAAUCACCUCUCUGAUUUUUCUUUUUUCUUUUCUUUUCUUCUGGGAGAAGAUUACCGGGGCCGGCGCUGGUUGUCUCUGAUCUAAGAUAUAGAUAUAUAUAUAUAUAUACAAAAGUAAAUCUGUUGUGCUGUAUUGAAAUUUGCAUAUCAAUCGCUGAAGUCGACGGUCAAAUAUUUCAACUUGUCGCUUGUUCUUUGUUUGCACUUAAAAUGUUUAUUGUACAAAUCCUGUUAUUGUUGAUUCAUUAAACUUUUGUGUUUGGAGGCAUCAGUAA